CUUUCAUCAUUUUUGUUGAAUGCAGCAGUAGAGAGUAUUUUGUUGCUUCUAUAUAACAUAAAGUAAUUAAUUAAAGGAUCAUAAUCCUACAAGAAGAAGAAAAAAUACAAAGGGGGAAAUGGCAACUACUACAAAGAAGAAAACAGAGAAAACAAUUCCUGGCUUAGUGGAUUUGGUGUUUUCUUGGUCUUUAAAAGAUGUGUUGAACAAAGAUCUUUACAAAAACAAGGUGAAAGAAAUUCCAGAGACAUUUGUGUCGAUUGAUCAUUAUUUGAAGUCAUUCAUUGAUCCACUAGUUGAGGAAACACAUGCUGAUUUGCUGUCAAAUGUGUCCACAGUUUCGCGAGCACCUGCUCUCGAGGUUGUUGAUGUUAAAAUAGCAAAAGAUUUUAAGCCUCCCAAAGGUUUAUAUUACAAUAUUUUGUUGAAAAGAAAUCAAGAAACAGAUGUGGGAGAGAAUAGUGAAUCAAAAAAUGAAUCAAAAUAUGAACCAGAAGUUGGUGAUCUGAUUGCACUAACAGAUGUGAGACCAAGAAGAAUUGAGGAUUUAAACAGGCCUAAGAGAUCUUACCUCAUUGCUAUAGUUCAAGGCAUGAAAGAUGAUGGUUAUAGAAUACCUAUCUUGUCUUCACAACUUGUUUCGUUUAAAAAACCUGACCGGGCAACGGGUGAACAAGGGGACAAGCUUUUUGUUGUCUAUCUUUCUAAUUUGACAACAAACAUUCGAAUAUGGAAUGCGUUGAAGUCAGAUUUGGAAAAUUCAAACUUGAAGAUCAUUAAGACCGUAUUGAAAAGUGAUGAUUCGAAUGUUGGUGAAGUAGACUGCUCCCUUUGCCCCGUUAGAGAAACAGAAAAUAAUAUUACUAUAUCAAGUUCAAGAGCCAUUUCCUUGUCUUUUGGGCUAGAUAGUGCACAACAAGAGGCUGUUGUAAGUUGUGUUGCUACAAGAGAAUGUGCUCACCGGAAUACGGUUAAGCUAAUUUGGGGUCCUCCAGGAACUGGAAAGACAAAAACAGUUGCCUCUUUACUUUAUGUCCUGUUAAAGAUGAGAUGCAGAACUUUGACUUGUGCGCCCACGAACAUUGCUGUGUUGGGGGUAACGAAGAGGCUGAUGCAGAAUGUACGGAGUUGUCUGCACUAUGACACUUAUGGUUUAGGAGAUAUUGUCUUAUUUGGUAAUGGGGAACGAAUGAAGAUCGAUGAUCAUGAUGAUCUGUUUGAUGUAUUUCUUAGUAACCGUGUUGCUGCUCUUGCUAGCUGCUUGUCUCCGAUUAGUGGGUGGAAAAUUGGUAUACAAUCCAUGACAUGUUUGCUCGAGGAUCCUGAAGAGCAAUACCGCAAGUACUUACUGAAGGACAAGGACCGUGACAGUGAUGAUGAUGCGGACAUAGAUGAUGAUGAAGAAGAAGAAAAAGGAAGUGGUACUAGUCAAGAAUCUAGUUUGAGCAAUGAUCAAGGAGUCGACAAAAACCAGAAGAGUAAGUUAUGGAAGAAAUUUGUUGUUGAAACCUUAAAAGAGAACAAGAAGAAAGAUAAACAAAAUUCUCAAAGGGUGAAGAACUCGAGAGAAGCAGGAAAAGCAAACAAGGUCAAGAAAGAAGGGGAGACGAACAACAAAGAAGUCAUUGUGUGGACACGUGAUGAGUUUGUCAACAAAAGAUUCAAAUGCAUCGAGCAUCAGUUAAUAUUUUGCCUAACGAGCUUGUACACUCAUCUACCUACUUCUAUCAUUUCACUAGAAGUAGCUAAGCAGAUGAUCAGACUUCUUGAGAUGUUUCGAACUCUUGGAAAAUUGUUUGCUACUGUGGAACAAUCUGAAGGAUUAAAAGAAAUUCUACCGGGAUUUGUUACAAGGAAUAAGACAAGACUUUCUAAUAUUUGUGCAACUAAAACAGAAUGCCUAAAAGUGUUGAAAUUUCUUAAUGAGAGUAUCUCUCUUCCAAAUUUCAUUGAGGACUACCAAAUUCGAAGUUUUUGUCUGAAAGGUGCAUGUUUGAUUUUCUGCACGGCUUCUAGCUCGAUAAAGUUGCACACGGAAGGAAUGACACCACUGGAGAUGGUGGUAAUUGAUGAAGCUGCUCAGCUGAAAGAAUGUGAAUCCACUAUUCCGUUACAACUCCCUGGUCUCCGCCAUGCUAUACUCAUCGGUGAUGAAAAACAAUUGCCUGCUAUGGUUCAGAGCAAGAUUUGUGAGAAGGCUGAGUUCGGAAGGAGCUUAUUUGAGAGGCUGGUAAUUUUAGGACACAAGAAACACCUUCUUAAUGUUCAAUAUAGGAUGCAUCCGAAAAUAAGUUUGUUCCCUAAUACAGAGUUCUAUCAGAAGAAAAUUAUGGAUGGUCCUAAUGUGAAAUCAGCAGCAUAUGAGAAGAAAUUUCUUAUGGGAGAUAUUUUUGGUUCGUAUUCAUUUAUUAAUGUAAGUAGUGGAAAUGAGGAGCAUGAUGACAAACACAGCUCGAGAAAUAAGGCAGAAGCUUUCGUUGUAGCUGAGAUAGUUGCCAACCUUCAUAAAGAAUCUGUCUCUUCAAGACAAAAAGUCCGUGUUGGUUGUAUAUCUCCUUACAAGGCUCAAGUUUUUGCUAUUCAACAAAUUCUUGGCAAGAAAUAUAGCACAGAUGUUAAGAGUGACUUCUCUGUGAAUGUACGCUCCGUUGAUGGUUUUCAAGGCGGUGAAGAGGAUGUAAUAAUUAUAUCCACUGUUCGUUGUAAUGGCAAUGGAUCGGUUGGGUUCCUCUCGAAUCUUCAGAGAGCAAACGUAGCAUUGACACGAGCAAGGUACUGUCUUUGGAUAUUGGGAAAUGGCACAACUUUGGUUAAUAGUGGUUCCAUAUGGAAGAAUUUGAUCAUUGACGCCAAGGCUCGUGGUUGUUACUUUGAUGUUACUGAAGACAAGCGAUUGAAUCAAGCAAUUUUGAACGCGGCCACUGAACUUGGAGAGUUAGAAACAUUACUCAUAACCGAUUCACCUAUAUUCCAGUCAUCCAAAUGGAAGGUUAUAUUUAGUGAGGAUUUCUCAAAAUCCAUUGCCAGAAUUAAGGAUGCUGAGAUAAGUAAAGAAGUGAUUUCCCUUUUGGUGAAGCUUUCGAGUGGUUGGCGUAAGCCAGAAAAGAACAACACGUUUAGCAACAAGGGCGGGAAUUCUUCAAUAAUGUUGGAGGUGUAUGGUGUCAAGAACCUAAAAUUGAUUUGGACCAUAGAUAUUCUGCAGCAGAACUCUACAUACCUUCAAGUACUAAAGAUAUGGGACAUUUUACCAGGAUACCACAUACCAAAGUUUGCAAAGAAUCUUGACAUCCAUUUUGGUCAAUAUACAGUGGAUAUGCUGAAUCGAUGCAAAUACAAACGUGUGGAACGAAACUUUGUAUUUCCAAUGACUUGGCCAAUUGAUGGAAAUGGUGUCUUAACAACAUCCUCAGCUCACAGUGACCUAGACGACAAGUUGGUACGCCGAUUGGCAGCCAUGAAUUUGAGGGAUAAACCAGGAUCUUCAAGAAGUUCCAAUAAUUUUCACAAGUCCAAGAUGAAGAAAGGAGAACUGUCACGCGAAGUAAAACAGAAUCUACUUGCUGAAGAUUUCAUGGAACGAUAUAUGCGCAACAAGUCCAAAUAGGAGGCUUUAAAGUUAUAAUCUAAACACCGCAUAAUACAGUUUGUUGCUUGAAAAGCUUGGAUUUUUGAUGCAAUUCACUGCAACUCUGGUGACGAUCUUCUAAUUUUUGAAUCAGCGCGUUUGAUGAGAUGGUGUCCAAGAGUACUGUAAUUAAUAGUUAUGAUAUUGUUGAAGUGAAAUGGCUUGUAAAAUGGACCUCCUACUCUUUAAAAUGUAGCAAAGACCCUAUAUAUAAUACAACUUGAAGGUCUUCGUA